GGCAGUGAGCUGGGACAAUAGGAGGGCUCACCUCAUUCAUUCCCGUCUCUCAGGGACCACGGUGUUUUAUUGCUUUGUGUAGAGCCUUGUAAACCUCUUUCGUAGGUUUUGUCCAUGUUUGUUGUUGUUGUUCCAGGUGAGAGUAAAUCUGGUUUCUAUUACUCCAUCCUGACCAGAACCCUAAUUCCCCUGAGAUGGGGUUGAACCAGGCUCUGUCUUGCCACACAGCUACCUUUGAACACACUGAGGCUGAGCGCAGCUCACAUUCCAUCCGGUGUAUUUUUAUUGCUGUGCCACGUUUGACCUCUGGAAACCUGAGUUUAUCUCUUGUGCUAUGAGAAGAAUGCGGCAAAACAUGUAUUUUCUGUUCAGAAAUCUUAAUAUUGCCCCCCAUUGAAUUCGUUAGGAAUGCGGCAGUAGCCAAUCAUAAAUGCCCACCUGAGUGAUUCUGGAGUCAUUUAAAGAAACAUCCACUCAAAAGUGGUUUUGCCCCAAGAGAGCGAGCACUCAGGAGCCUGUGCGGGGUGGAGGUGCUCCACCGUGGAGCUGGUUGGCAUCCACAGCCACUGGGACGCUGCCAGAGCCCAGGCCUGCGUCACACCCUGCCCAGAGGCACACCUGCCUGCUCAAGGCAGCCAGGGCUGGCUCACGGUGUGCUUGUCACUGUGUGAAGCCUGUUUCUUCACCGCCUCGUCUUUAUUCUGCUUUGUAAGUGAGGCAGGAGCAUGAAAUGCUGCUGGCAGAGGAAUAUCUAAGUUACCUCCUAAAUGGCUCUACUUUGAACCUGCUGGGCAAGGAAAAGAUUUUCAAGGAAACCAUCUACCGUGUGCGAGCCCCUGCCGGCCAAUCCCAGACCCCAGCGCGGAGCCAGGCGCCUGUGCCUGCCAACCCUCAGCACCCUCCUCGGAGAGGCUGGUGGCAUCAGGAAACCCCUGGCCAGCCUCCACCUGAGCCCAGUGACCUCAGCUUUAAGGAUGGAGUCAGGCAGGGGGUCCUCAACCCCUCCAGGACCCAUUGCUGCCCUAGGGGUGCCAGAUACUGGACCUGGCAGUUCCUCCCUGGGGAAGCUCCAAGCGCUCCCCGUUGGGCCCAGGGCCCACUGUGGGGAUCCUGGCAGCCCAGCUGCAGCAGGGGACGGCUCUCUAGACACGGGCCCCACGGGAGACCAGAGUGGUAGCUUAAAGAUCCCCAACCGGGACAGCGGGAUCGACAGUCCAUCCUCCAGUGUGGCUGGAGAGAACUUCCCCUGCGAGGAGGGCUUGGAGGCUGGCCCAAGCCCCACUGUGCUGGGGGCACACCCAGAGAUGACCCUGGACAGCCAGGUCCCGAAGGUCACCCCCCAGGAGGAGGCCGACAGCGACGUGGGUGAGGAACCUGACCCUGAGAACACCCCCCAGAAGGCUGACGAGGACGCCAGCCUGGCCCAGCACUCUGGCCCGCAGAAGCUUCUCCACAUUGCCCAGGAGCUCCUGCACACCGAGGAGACCUAUGUGAGGCGGCUGCACCUGCUGGACCAGGUUUUCUGCACCAGGCUGACGGAUGCGGGGAUCCCUCCAGAAGUCAUCACGGGCAUAUUCUCUAACAUCUCUUCCAUCCACCGCUUCCACGGGCAGUUCCUGCUGCCGGAGCUGAAGACGCGGAUCACGGAGGAGUGGGACACAAACCCACGGCUCGGGGACAUCCUGCAGAAGCUGGCCCCAUUCCUAAAGAUGUACGGCGAGUACGUUAAGAACUUUGACCGAGCCGUGGGGCUGGUGAGCACGUGGACCCAGCGCUCCCCACUGUUUAAGGACGUCAUCCACAGCAUCCAGAAGCAGGAGGUGUGUGGAAACCUGACGCUGCAGCACCACAUGCUGGAGCCCGUGCAGAGGGUCCCCCGGUACGAGCUGCUGCUCAAGGACUAUCUGAAGAGGCUCCCGGAGGACGCCCCAGACCGGAAGGACGCGGAGAGGUCCUUGGAGCUUAUCUCCACAGCCGCCAACCACUCUAAUGCUGCCAUUCGGAAAGUGGAGAAAAUGCACAAGCUCUUGGAGGUGUACGAGCAGCUGGGUGGGGAAGAGGACAUUGUCAACCCGGCCAAUGAGCUGAUCAAGGAGGGCCAAAUCCAGAAGCUGUCAGCCAAGAACGGCACCGCCCAGGACCGCCACCUCUUCCUGUUCAACAGCAUGAUCCUUUACUGCGUGCCCAAGUUGCGGCUCAUGGGCCAGAAGUUCAGCGUCCGGGAGAAGAUGGACAUCUCAGGCCUCCAGGUGCAGGAUAUCGUCAAGCCGAACACAGCACAUACAUUUAUCAUAACGGGAAGGAAAAGGUCCCUGGAGCUGCAGACGCGGACAGAGGAAGAGAAGAAAGAAUGGAUUCAGAUCAUCCAGGCCACCAUUGAGAAGCACAAGCAGAACAGUGAGACCUUCAAGGCUUUCGGUGGCGCCUUCAGCCAGGAUGAGGACCCCAGCCUCUCUCCAGACGUGCCUAUCACGAGCACCAGCCCUCUGGAGUCUGUGGUGACCACCGAAGGCAGUUCAGGUGCAGCAGGGCUCGAGCCCAGAAAACUAUCCUCUAAGACCAGACGUGACAAGGAGAAGCAGAGCUGUAAGAGCUGUGGCGAGACCUUCAACUCCAUCACGAAGAGGAGGCAUCACUGCAAGCUAUGCGGGGUGGUCAUCUGUGGGAAGUGCUCCGAGUUCAAGGCCGAGAACAGCCGGCAGAGCCGCGUCUGCAGAGAGUGCUUCCUGACACAGCCAGUGGCCCCCGAGAGCCCCAGCCCCGAGGCUCCGGCCGAGCCCAAGCAGAGCACAGAGAAGACACCCGCUGCAGACCCCCAGCCCAGCCUGCUCUGCGGCCCCCUGCAGCUGUCAGACAGCGGUGAGACCUGGAGCGAGGUGUGGGCCGCCAUCCCCACGUCGGAUCCCCAGGUGCUGCACCUGCAGGGAGGCAGCCAGGACGGCCGGCUGCCCCGCACCAUCCCUCUCCCCGGCUGCAAACUGAGUGUGCCGGACCCUGAGGAGAGGCUGGACUCCGGGCAUGUGUGGAAGCUGCAGUGGGCCAAGCAAUCCUGGUACCUGAGCGCCCCCUCCGCAGAGCUGCAGCAGCGAUGGCUGGAGACCCUGAACACUGCUGCCCGUGGGGACACGGCCCAGGACAGCCCGGGGACCCUGCAGCCUCAGGUCCCUAUGGGCACAGCUGCUCCGUGAGCUGAGUCUCCCGCUGCCCUGCACUCCACCACAUCGGGCCUGUGGUCUCCUGGGAGGUGGCGUCAGAGGCCAGAUGAAGAGCGCCCUGGACUGCUGAGGGUGGGCCAACAGCCCAGAGCUCAGGAUACUUGGCUUUGGAGGGAAGGAAACUGAGGCCCAGAGAGGGGCAGCCACUGGCCAAGGGUCACCCAGCAAGUCUUGGCUAAGAGCCUGGCCUCCAGCCCCAGCAGUGUGGCCCAGAGCAGGGGCUGACUGCCACAGUAACCAUCAUCCAUACGGGUCGUGUGGUGAUGCUGGCCCAGAAGGCAGAAGGAGGCAGCAUGGGCACUGCCAGGGACAGCCACAUCCGGCCGGUCUGCAGUGUGGUCCACCCCCGCCUCUGCCCAGCCUGUCUACACCGUGUGAGCUGAAUCAUGACUCGCUUCCCACCUCCCUUCUCUGUCCUCUCCUGAAGUCCUGCCUCCAGCCCCCAGGAGGUGGACCUGCCGCGUCCUAGCUGGACUCACGGUUCCUAAAUAACUGCACUCGGAAGCUCUGCUGGGACUUACCCCAGCCACUGAGUGGCAGACGCAUGAGAUUUGUGGCUGUUCCUGAUGCUGGUGGCACACAGUGCUUAUCUGCAUAAAUAAACACUGGCCACCGGCAGUGGCGCAGCCUCA